CCAACAGAUGUUCCCUCGGGUGGCGUUUUGAUGAUGGUGGGGGCUCCAUCGUUGCAGCUUUAUGUUAGUGAAUGGCUUAACAGGAAUGAAAAGGAUCCUUCACCUGAAGCAUCCAAUCACUGAUCUUCAAUAAAGGGGCGUGCCAGCCUGUGAAGGAUGCUGUCAUGUUUCCUUGCAUCUCUCUCCUCACAGAAGGAAUAAGAGUCCUGGAUUGUCAUUCGACCUGGAGGUUAUUCUGGUAGAAAGAGGAUCGAAGGUUCAGUCUGUUUUGGAAGGAUGAUGUUUCCUCCCUCUAACAGGGGCACACUGGGUGGUAGUCUGUCCUUUCAGCUGUCACCAGCUGUAAGUUGGUGUUUCUAUCCUGCAGGUUCUUGCUACUUAUCAGAUACUACAAGAUAACAUCAGCUGAUGUAUCAGCCUGGCUAGUUUCUUACUGUGGCGGCGUUGUCAGGGCAUUAACAGCUGCAUUCAGUUUAUCAGCAGUUUGAACCUGCCAAUGUUUUGUCACAUCUGUAACAUGUUCAGCAUUUUCCCUCCAGGUUGAUCAUACAUCAGUAUAGCACACAGACUAGGAGACUUUCUGAAAUCCUGUUCAUAAGCAGCAGAGCUAGAGGUGAAACUCUGGACUUCCUGAAUGUCGACACUGAUGUGUGUUCAGUGGUGGUUUGGCCUCGUCCAGGGUUCAUCGACCCUGACCACCAACAGACCUCAGCGUCAGACCAGGUUCAAACAAAGCUGACAAACCGAGACGAGAGAAGAGCAGAGAAACCACAAGAAUCUCCACUUCAGCCCCCAGACCUGAGCUGACGAACAAACCGCCAUAGAUCCUCAGAGGAGCAGAGGCUGCAAAACCUGCCUGAAAGUGUCCCUGUUUCAAAGUUUCCUUCAGUGUCACAGUGACAACUGUGUGUACGUCCACGGGGACACUGCACAGAGCAGCUGCCAUUCUGCUGUGACUGUGGGUGCAAGCACGUUAAGCAGCAUGGAGGCAGGCCUGCAGGUCGUGGGUCUGGUUCUGGGCAUCGUGUCCUGGUGUCUGCAGUCCAGCUGCACCUCCUCUCAUGUGUGGAAGACGAGGAGUCAGAUUGAGUCGGUCAUCACCAGCCAGAAGCUGUUUGAAGGUCUGUGGAUGAGCUGCGCUGCCACCUCGACGGGCUCAGUCCAGUGCAGCAGGUUCAAGACGGUGCUGGGGCUGCCGGCUCACCUGCAGGCCUGUAGGGCUCUGAUGAUCCUGUCUCUCCUGGUCGGUUUGGCCUCUAUCGUUGUCUCAGUGCUGGGACUCAAGUGCACCAAGAUCAGCAGAACCUUGGAGAAGGUCAAAGACCAGAUUGCCCUGAGUGGAGGACUCCUCUUCAUCCUGUCUGGUGUGUUCAGUCUGACCGCAGUGUCGUGGUACGCUGCCAGAGUCAUCCACGACUUCUAUGACCCGCUCUACGCUUCAGUCAGGUUUGAGCUGGGUACUGGCCUGUACCUGGGGUGGGCGGCCUCCAGUCUGGCCAUACUGGGAGGAUCUCUGCUCUGCUGCUCCUGCAGGAAGACCAGCCCAGCUCCUGCUGCGUGGCGGUUUUCAUACAACCUCUCCACAACGAGCCAAGGCCAGAACAUCUACAGGGCGGCUCCGGCCUCAGACAGCAGCUCCAAGGCCUACGUCUAAACCUGUGGUCAUCGUUGCUGCACCGACACACUUCACAGGCCCGUUCAGGAUCCUGCUGGACCGAACAACUAAAAACAACUGUGUUACUAAAGGAGAUUUGUUGUGAAGGGCACUCAUCCUCUUUGUGUUACUGCUGUCAGUGUCUACAUAAAGAACACAUAAUCACCUGGGUUUUGUGUUGUAAAUGUUUCUUGAGCCUGAGUGAGCGAGCAGCCCCAGACAUCACCAUAAAACUCUGCACAGGCACAAAGACAGAAAUGUGCAGAUGCAUUCUUUUGGUUAUAAACCUGUGUGUGCAUCUGGUUCUCUUUUAUA